AUGAGGUCUCAAUCAAGAGAGAGAUGCAGUCGCUUAGGUGAGGAUCUAAAAUAUGGUCCAAAUUGUGAGGGUCGCAAUUAUAGGACACUACCUAUGGAGGGAUGGUGGAAAGAAAAUUUUGAUGGGGCCUCUAAAGGCAACCCGGGUCCUUCAAGGGCAAGGGUUAUUGUCAGGGAUUGGAAGGGUGGGGUUUUGGCUCUAGGUGCCCAGAGAUUGGCUGAAGGUACAAAUAAUUUGGCUGAAGCUUCAAUGGCACUAAUAGAUGUUAGGAUGUGUAAUCAUAUAGGUGCUAGAAAAGUGCAUUUAGAGGGAAAUUAUUUAAUAAUUAUUCUAGCAUUAAUGAAGAAGGUGAUUGAGGCAUGGCACUUGCAAGGUUGGAUUUACAAUAUCAUUGAAGAAUUGAAGUAUUUUAAUGAUUUUCAAUUAAGUCAUGUAAGGCGUACUGGUAAUGUUGAGGCAGAUAUCCUUUCCAAAUUGGCUCUUACAUUUAAUGCAAUUGGCGAUUUUAGAUUGGAAGAUUUUUGGAGUGUUUGUUUUGAGGAAGCGAGUAAUGGGCAUUAA